AACAAGAUGCUAGAGGUAAUUGUGACAGAGCUGCUUGCAUACAUACAUUACCCCAUGUCCAAAUCCUCAAAGGCAUGCCCAGCACCCAACAAUUUCUCAAAGCCAUAUCAACGUGUGGAGAGCCAGUCCUGCAUUUAUCACUAAGACCAUCAACGAGGCUUUCAUCUGGAGGUACUUCUAAAAAUGAACGAGGAAUCUUUACCCCUCAACCCAAUCACAAAGACUGAGAACAUAGCACCCCCGAUAUCGACAACAUCCUUGCAAUCAUAUAAUUACCUUGAAACAUCUUCCGGAUUGGAUAAUGACCUUGAAGUGCUAUCCUCUAAGUCAGAUAAAAGAAUUAACUGGCGAGAAAGGAUCGAAAAGGAGAAUGAGGGUGUCGUUUAUGUCAAUGAUUUCCCACAGGGAUAUCCUCGUUAUUCCGCACUACUUAACUCCGACAAGUCUUUUCAGGUCUGGCGCCGGUUUUCGACCUUGCGUACGCGCCUGCUUCUCCUUAAGCAGGAUGAACUCUCACGGCUAGAGGAGCAGCUAGAGAAUAUAGAUGCUGAAGACGAGGAAUUAUUUCCUAUAUUUCUUGGAAACAAUCGCGAAGACACGAAUCAAGACAGAAAAGAGAUCCUUAAGAAGAUCGAUAUUGCCUUGAAUGAUUAUGACUCUUUUUUGAAAAGACAGUAUCGAACUUUCAAUCUCGAGCCUUCUCGAGAUCGAGCUAUUUCAAGUCUCAGGAACUGGCACGACAAUAAUAAGUCAUUGGCAUCAGAAGAAAUAAAAUAUCUAAAUCGCAGAGAUCUUUUCACACUUUUAGGGAACGGUAGUUGGUCAGACAGGCUAAUAGAUUUGAUCAACGGUUACUUCAACACCACGAAAAAACCCAGAAGGGAAAGAUCGGCGAAUAUUAUGGAGGAGCGGAUGAGGCAAAUGAUACGUGUACUCCAAGCGGCUCUUAUGGCAGUGCUUCUUUUUACUCCCGUUAUUAUUUGUAACUUUGUGAGUAACUUAACGUACAUAAUGAUCAUUAUUGUUGGCACUACGGCUAUUUUUAUUGCCAUUUUGUCUUUGAUCGCCCGAACAAGGAUGAAAUCCUUUGACUUGGUUAUAGCUGGAACAACAUAUGCCACUGUGCUUGUCGUAUUUAUUUCAGGCACAAAUGGCAUUAACAAUUAAAGACCAACCCCUACUGAACUGGC